AUGGAGCAUCUCGAGUCCGCCCUCCGCCCGGUGCUGCAGCCCAUCACCCAAAACCUUCCUGGACCGAUCCGCGACAUUGGUAUUUCGUUGCUCGGAAACCAUUGCUACGAGACUCUCGUCCACGAUGUCCAACUCAGCGACGCGUCGUGCUUCAAGCUGGCCAUCUCCAAGGGUCUCGGUAUCGGCAUCAUCGGCGCCUCUGCUGUUGUCAAGAUCCCCCAACUCCUCAAGCUCCUGAACUCGCAGUCAGCCGCCGGACUGAGCUUCCUGGCCUACGCACUCGAGACCAGCUCAUACCUCAUCUCGCUCGCCUACAAUGCUCGCAUGGGAUUCCCCUUCAGCACAUAUGGUGAGACGGCCUUCAUUGCCAUCCAGAACGUCGCCAUUGCAGCCUUGAUCCUGCAGUACAGCGGCAAGGGUGCUGCUGCCGCUGCCUUCGUUGCUGGUCUGGCUGCUGCUGGCUACUCGCUGUUCAACCCCAGCAUCAUCGACAUGAAGACCAUGGGUCUUCUCCAAGCUGGCGCCGGUGCUCUUGGUGUCGCCAGCAAGCUGCCCCAGAUCAUCACUGUCUGGCAGCAGGGCGGCACUGGUCAGUUGAGCGCUUUCGCUGUGAGUCACCAAUCUGCUGUCCACAAUCUUCAACCCGUACUAACUUUGCUGCUUCCAGNNGUCUUCAACUACCUCUUCGGCUCGCUCUCGCGCAUCUUCACGACACUCCAAGAAGUCGACGACAAGCUUAUCCUCUACGGCUUCAUCUCCGGCUUCGUCCUCAACGCCGUCCUCGCCCUCCAGAUGAUCUACUACUGGAACAGCGCUCCCAGCAAAGUCAGCGCUCCCUCGCACAAGUUGAACGAGUCGGGAAGAAAGGAGGCCAUCGCCAUGACUACUAGUGCUGAGCCCAAGGGCAAGAGUCCCAGCACUCGUAGAAGAGGUUAG